AAGAUGGGGAAGCACUUCCACUUGUAUGAGAACAUCUCCAAUAUCAGCCCCUUUGAGGGGCCACAGUACCACUUGGCACCUCUGUGGGCUUUCUAUAUGCAAGCUGCCUUCAUGGGCACCGUCUUCUUUGUUGGAACACCUCUAAACUUCGUUGUUCUACUAGUGACAGUGAAAUACAAGAAACUGAGACAGCCUUUGAACUACAUCCUGGUCAAUAUAUCAUUUGCAGGAUUCUUGGCCUUGAUAUUUUCAGUUUUUCAAGUGUUCAUUGCCAGUUUAAGAGGAUACUUUUUCCAGGGCUAUUUUGCCUGUGCUAUAGAAUCAUGGAUUGGAUCUGUAGCAGGAUUGGUGACAGGAUGGUCCCUGGCUGUCCUUGCCUUUGAGAGAUAUGUGGUCAUCUGCAAACCCUUAGGCCAGUUCAAGUUUGGGAGCAGCCAGGCUGUGGCAGCAGUGGCCUUCACCUGGGUCAUGGGUAUAGGUUGUUCCUCCCCACCAUUCUUUGGCUGGAGCAGGUUCAUUCCUGAGGGUCUGGGUUGCUCCUGUGGACCUGACUGGUACACUCAUAAUGAGGAGUUCCACUGCACAAGCUACACCUACUUCCUGAUUGUGACCUGCUUCAUGAUGCCCAUGACCAUCAUUAUCUUAUCCUAUUCCCAACUUCUGGGUGCACUGCGAGCUGUGGCCGCUCAGCAGGCUGAAUCAGUGUCCACUCAGAAGGCUGAGAAGGAAGUCUCCAGGAUGGUCAUUGUGAUGGUGGGCUCCUUUUUAGUGUGCUAUGCCCCCUAUGCUAUUACAGCAAUGUGGUUUGGCAUAGCGGAUGAUAAAAGCAAAGAUUAUCGCAUGGUCACCAUUCCAGCAUUCUUUACAAAGAGCUCCUGUGUAUAUAAUCCUCUAAUCUAUGCCUUCAUGAACAAACAGUUCAAUGCGUGCAUCAUGGAGACAGUAUUUGGGAAGAAGAUUGAGGAUUCAUCUGAGGUGUCCUCCAAGACUGAAACCUCCUCAGUCUCCACUGCAUAAGGCCUGCGAACAAUGGUGUAUAAAGGCAUUUGAAAACCAUGCGACUGGGCUCUGUUUCCAGUAUUGGCCAUCAGUCUUAAGUUGUUUAUGGCUCCCAAAACAUGUAAUUGUCCCAAAAUAUGUGAUUUUGCUAUCUUUCUAAAUGUAUAUUUUCAAUUAUAUUUUGAUCAGAUUGGGAUCAAUUAAAGAAUCACUUAGAUUAUUUGUCAAGUGUGACUUGAGUGUGACAAAUUGAAUAGAUUUAUUGACUGUACUUCUUUAUGUAUUCUGAGGAAUGACUACAUAUCAAAUUAAA